CGGGCGGCGUUAGCCGCCGUCGUGCUGGCGGCCUGGAGCGCCCACGGCCUCUACUUCCACAUCGGCGAGACGGAGAAGCGUUGCUUCAUCGAGGAAAUCCCGGAUGAGACCAUGGUCAUCGGGAACUACCGGACGCAGUUGUGGGAUAAGCAGUCGGAGUCGUUCCUGCCCUCCACCCCGGGGCUGGGCAUGCAUGUGGAGGUGAAGGACCCCGACGGCAAGGGGGUGCUGUCGCGGCAGUACGGCUCCGAAGGACGCUUCACCUUCACUUCCCACACGCCGGGCGAGCACCAGAUUUGCCUCCCUCCAACUCCCACCCGCAUGGCCCUCUUCGCCGGUGGCAAACUGCGGGUGCACCUGGAUAUCCAGGUGGGCGAACACACCAACAACUACCCCGAAAUUGCUGCUAAGGACAAACUGACGGAGCUGCAGCUCCGUGCCCGGCAGCUCCUCGACCAGGUCGAGCAGAUCCAGAAGGAGCAGAACUACCAACGGUACCGGGAGGAGCGUUUCCGCAUGACGAGCGAGAGCACCAACCAACGGGUGCUGUGGUGGUCCAUCGCCCAAACCAUCAUCCUCAUCCUCACCGGUAUCUGGCAGAUGAGGCACCUCAAGAGCUUCUUCGAGGCCAAGAAGCUGGUGUAGCCCCCGC